CUUACAAUAGAUUUUACAACAAAAAAAAAGAUAAAGACACCUGCGUUAAUAUUGUGAUAAUUAAUUAGAUACGUAAAUUAUCAAACGGUUAUUCUUUAUUAUUGUUUAAUAGUUAAGGUUAAAUUACAAGUCUUUGAAAUGUCUUCCAUUCCGGCUUCCGAGGAAAUUGAUGAGGCGAAGGAGCGUGAGCACUUUAGGGCGGUUGUAAAUGCAUUCAAAUAUUACAAGCUAUGUAGUUUGGAUCGUAUACAUAAAUCUGAAAAGAUAAUUAAGUCACUAUCUCAACACCAUCAAAGGCACCUGGAUAAGUACAAAACAUAUUUAACUAGAUUCAAGAAAUGUCUUGACAUUAAUAAUAGUGUUGUUAAUUUGAUAAUUAAAGAUGUGGAUAAAAUGUUUGAGAAUGUCGAUCAUAGUAUGACAGAAAGUUCUGGAGCCAAUGGUACUGAGAGUUUUGGAUGUAAUUAUAAUAAUUGCGAGAUAUCAUCGCAAAAACAACAUAAAAUGCAGCAUGACGUUGAGAAGGUCUUUACCGGUAGAUUGAGUAUCAUCAGCUUCCAGGACCUCUUUGACACUGUGGUCCGCGUGCUGGUGCCCGGUGCCGGUCUGGGCAGGCUCGCCUGGGAGAUAUCGAAACGCGGCUAUACAACGCAGGGCAAUGAAUUCUCGUUGUUCAUGCUGUUUGCAAGUAAUUUUGUGCUUAAUCGGUGCCCUGAGGCGAACAAAUAUACGGUCCACCCGUGGUUACACCAGUACGUCAACAACCUGAGCUGCGAGCACCAGCUGUUGGGCGUGAAGUUCCCUGAUGUGAGGCCGUCGGGAGACAGGCCCAAUCCGAAUUUUUCUAUGGCCGCUGGAGACUUUCUUAAGGUCUACACCGAAGUGGACGAGUGGUCGUGCGUGGUGACAUGCUUCUUCAUCGACUGCGCUCCCAACGUCAUCGAGUUCGUCGAGAGGAUAUACGAGAUAUUGGUGCCGGGAGGGAUCUGGAUCAACCUGGGACCCUUGCUGUAUCACUACAGCGACAUGCCGACCGAAAACAGUGUCGAGCCGCCCUACGAUAUACUAAUAGAAAUAAUAAGAGAUGUGGGAUUUGAUGUUCUGGAAGAGCGGACGGGCGUCAAGACGAAAUACGCCCAGAACCCAAACUCUAUGCUUCAGCACGAAUACGAAUCUGUUUUCUUCGUCUGCAGGAAGCCUUACACCGCACUACGGGAUAAACUUUAAAUUAAAACAACUUACUGAGUAUCAAUGUAAGUCGGUCCACGGCAAAGAAAAAGUUUGGAUAGCUUGAAUUAUCUUCUAAACGGUUAGUAUACACCGAUGAUGAAUGUUCAUAGUGUAUGCGUUAUGCAGUAAAUUUGCUCAGAACAUCAAAGCUUUGUGAGGCACAGGUGUUCGCUAUCAAUCAGCCACUUUAGUUUUAUUUAUGUGAACCAUACUAGAGGCUUAGAGGUGGGAUUAAAGAAAAAUAACUCAGUGCCUCUCUAGGGAGCUUGUGGAAUGAUAUCAUAAACAUUAAGUACCCUAGUUUUUAAAUCAAUCAUUGAAGGAGAUAUGUUUUUUUUUAGCGGGAAUGUGAGGAUUGAAUUUGUGUGAUUUGUUUUGUUUUGUAUAUUUAGUG